ACCCUAGACCCUGGAGAUAGCACCGGCCCACUUGUGGACGCCGCUGCUCCACACACUGGACCCAAAUAGUCGCCUCGCCGCUUGCCGAGUGUCCGCACAUUACGACACGUGCUCUUCAGGCAAGACGCACCUCUUGGUAGCGCCAUGGUACGCAAGAUGGCCUCAGUGUGCAGUGAAGCGGCAUUCCCGGCUCGGAGCAUCGCCACAUACUUCCUGGUGACGACGGGCCUGGAGUUGGUGGCGCUACCCCUGCUGUGCUACGAAUUCGCGUUCCGGGAGCGCGUGCUGGAGGGACAGCUGGAGAACUUCCGCGGUGACCCACAGCCUGGAGCGCUGGCCGCCGCUCUGCCCGGCAAGAUACGGCAAAUGCACGAAAGAACGCUAUCGUGCUUCUUGUACACGGGCUUCACCAUCAUCAAGCAGAUCUUCAACAUCGUCCUGCUCAUUGGACAAAGAAAGAGUGAUCCCCGGCUGGUGAUGGCGUGGGUGUGGGGCUUCUCGGCCAUGCAUGUCGCCACCACAGCAGUGGCUCUGUGGUUUGGGGUUCGCACCUACUUCGACCUGGACAUCGUCACCAUGCUGGUGCUGCUCUACCUCUUCCUCAUAUCUGGGGUGGUGCUGGCGCGGAGUGUCGUGGUGCUGGUGAGGACAGCUCGCCAGCAACUACAGGCGGUGAAAGCCGCCGGCGCUGCCGAUUGCUGAGGAAAACCGCCGAAGCACCCGCCACCGGAACUCUACCGACAACUCUCGUGGCCACGGCCUCCGUUCCGUGUUUUUCAGCGGAUAGCUGACGGGCCACACGUUAUGCUGCAGCGAGAGUUGUGUUAUUGGUCCAGACUGUUGAUUCCUGAAGCUGUGCGGUGGCCCUUCGAUGCAAUUAGCAACAAGCGAGCCUUUGAUGAGAGUCCAGAAUACGGCAUUCUUCAUUGGGAAUUGCGGAUGUUCAGUUUCUGGAUCAAAUAAAUCUUUAACCUUGUAUCUCUCAAUGAGCAGGAUUCACAGGACGUAAAUUUUUCUAUUUUUCUUCGACUGUUAUUUCCAGCAAUAAAGACUGCCAUUUCGACCGCAGGAUCAUUUUCGAGCAGGAAACUUUCAUUCCCAAGGACAUGCCAGAAAUUAUAAAAAUUAUGUUCUUCUAGCACAUAUCAUUUUUAUCCACGUGCCACGAAACGUUUAUAUACGCCCGAGGUUGAAAUUCGUCUGACUAGUGCUUGCUGAGAAAAUUUUGUACUUAAAAAUGACGGCCGAAACUGUAACGGUGAUGCUUGAACAUAAAGCUAACAGUCGAAGGCGAAAAAAGGCUGGUAAAAAAAGUCGAAUUUUCUUACAGAAUAAUACGAUGUAAUCACUUGGUUUGACUUGAGGCUGGUAUAAAAUUAUUUGGCGAAAAUGAACACGGCUGUUUAGAAAAGGGAUAUAGUUUCGACCGUGAAUAGGAGAAAAUAUUGAACGGAUCACGAAAUUUUGUACGGUUUCCAUUACAGACACAUUCGACAUAGUCAGAGGUCUGGAAUGAUACGAAUUUUGUUUAGAGGAAGUCAUACUGUCUCUAAUGUCUUCCUUCCUUUGUACUCUAUCCAGUAAGCAAUUAGGAGGAAAAAAUUACUUUCUUGCAAAUGAAAUUUGUGACUAUUUUAAAAAUGGUUGCAACUGUAAUUCACUUUCAGUGAGCUGCCCUACUCUAAGCAUGGUGUCAAGAAAAAGACAUGUUGUUAGUUGCAUCGAAAUGUAUUGUGUAGAAUGAAAAAGCGAUAUGCCCGAAAACUUGUCCUGUCGUUUACUGAAUACUUAACUAACAUCUUUUCGGAUGUCUGCUCAAUCGUGUCAUUACAAAUCAAACAGAUUUUCUGGCUGAUAUCUUAAGCGUUUUCUGUAAGCAUUGCAGAAAAUCAAUGUGUGUGGCGAAAAUGAUCUGCAUUUUUACUCUCUGCUGCCUCCUAAGAAACAUUCAUAUGACUAGAAGUGCCCUACGUCAUACAUAGAAAGAAAAGUCAAAAAUCGGUUUGUAACAUUCAGCGUUCGAUUUGUGAAGCAAAUCAUGUAGAAACUGGACGAAGUUUACUUUUUUAGAUGCUGUGUUUAUUAAUAAAGAAGUACUAUGACUGUGUUUAC